CAAUGUGGGCUAAAGGUGUCUGUAAGGAUUAAUCCUUAAAAUUAUUGAGAGCGAAACACUGUCGAGUUAGUGAUAUCUAGGCUAAUUUGAGCGCUAUUUAGUCUAACCAUAAUGAAAUUUCGUCAUUUCAUCAUUUAGAGUCUUUUCCAAAAGUACUGACUUGGUUUCGUUAGUCUUCUCUGAGUUUCGGUGUUGACCUCUCGGGCCGGUCACACAAGGGAAGCAUCGGCAACAGGGGUACAAACUGGAUCAAGCGUCCAAGGUCAGUUAGUCGAAAGUCAAUCUUUAACUUGCUCAUUGAACUAGCAUAAUAUUUUAGAGAACACAUUUUCAGAUUUAUUCUCGAAUAUUUGACGCGCAACUUUUGAGUCGCCUCUUGCUCUCUGAAGUACCCAAUGGCCAAAUUCCGGCGCACCAAACUCGAAAACGAUUUACAAUAAAUUUUCAAAUCCUGGCUAUUGAAAUAAGUUAGAUUGACUGUGGACUUCGAGGUGGUUUUAGGCUGCGAUCAUGAAAAUGCAAAUUCUAGCAGCCGACGUUAAUCUGAUAAUCUUGUCUCUGUAGAGUACGAUUUGUCGCCGCCGAAUAUUAAUCAGCUUAUCAACUGGAAAACAUACCGUGAUAUGGGACAUAGGCUCUUAUAUGGGAUCAAUGUCCUGAGAAAAGCCACCCUGUGCAUCUGAUUGUAUCUAUCUCGUGUAGCCUGCAUUCCAGUUUGUUUUGUCACUAGAAAUUGUAUUGAGCGAGGGAAGCUCCGUACGUAGUCAAGUCUAGUUCUAUGAAGCGCCGAUCUCGGUCUAUUCGCGCUGUGUGUAUGACGUCACAAGCGUGACGGCGAAAAUUGCAGCGUAAAAGUCAUGAAAAAUCCUGUUUCGAAUUCCUGGAAGAGGACAUUGGAGUAAGGGAAGCCUAAAGUAAUGAAACACGCUCGUAGCUAGUAGAUUUUACGAAGUGUGUUUUGUUGCGGCUGUAUCUGAGGUUGAUAACAGGAAACUUGGACGACAACCGCCCGAUGAGUAAUUUCCUUAGUAACUGUUGUUUGUAUAAUUUUGUAAAUAUGAUUUGUGGUUAAACAAAGGCUUAUAAAAAACAAUUAACACCAACAUUUUACGUGACCUUCUUUCCAGUUAAGAUGGAGUGAUACUGAAUAAAUUGACUUAGCAUACAUAAGAGAAACGAACAGCCAUGAAUGAGAAAAACUUAGUUAAUUUUGUGAAACGCUCUGUCAGAGUGCAGUGCAAGUGAUAGCUACAGCCUGUGUUUCGAACUGACAAGUUGCACGUGAGAUAAACAACAAAUUCGCCACUUAAACGUACAUCCUCUUUCAUGACAUUGUCCAGUAAACAACAGGAUAUCUCGCGGUCUCGUAGAAAGACUAUGAGCACCGAUUUUACACUUAUUUUAUCCAUUUAUGGUCAAUGACGUCACGUCGCCGCCGGGAAGCACGUCUACUGGGCGUUAAAAUUUCGCGUUUUGAAGUAAACAAGUCGGGCCUCGUCAAUACUGAACCAGGCUUAAGUCACACAGUGUCGACAUAAUGGACAUUUCCUUGGCCGAAAAUCGACAACAAAACGAAGGUUACGUGUGGGUGUAUUUUUAGACGCGACCUGGAUUACGAAAUGCGAUAUAAACCGAGCAGGUACACUCUUCCAGCAAAAACACAAGAACAGAAGAACUUCUAGCUUAAAGCUGAACGUUGAAACAGUAAGCAAAAUCUCUCAAUAAUGCAAGCCGGACUCAGUUUUUUCGACAAAAAGGCUCCAACAGUCGUGGUACGAAGCCUCUUCGAUAAAUAUGACACGAAUGGAAACGGUAAAUUGGAAGAAAAAGAAAUGCAAACUUUGUUAGAAGGAGAUUUGGGCCUCGAACAUGAAAAAUCCUGGGUGUACUUUUUGCUGUUGGACAAGAACGGAGACCACCGCAUUUCAUUUGAAGAAUUCAGUGACUGGCUUCGUAGCGAGGAAAAUUUCGAAGUUUUAAACGACAAAGAAAAAUUUGACAGCUUGUGCAAAGCCUUCGACUAUUUCAAGAGUUUUGACACAGAUGACAGCGAUACGCUCGACCGAGCUGAGUUUGAACGGAUGAUGAAGUUCUUUGGUUAUGAAACCAUCAACAUGGAUAAAGCCUUCGCGAGAAUGGACAAAGAUGAAAAUGGAAAAGUGUCUUUCUGGGAGUUCAUGGUGUGGUUAAAAUGGAUACCGGUUUUCAACUAACAGACGACUAGAUAGCGAGUUGUUAGCAAGCGAUUAUGGAGGCGUGAUAUGACAAGAAACUCAGUGCAGCUUAUAACUCAGUCAGACUAUGCAAUGUAAAAUUUACUCUAACUUAACUUAUUUUAUAGCAAGCGUUAUUUAUUGAAGAUGUACAUAAUAUUCAAUUGCAUAACAUGUAUAUAGUUCUCGGUGAAUACAAUUUUGUUUUUGUAAAAUAUUUAUACCAAUUUCACGCGAUAUGGACUUGUUCAAGAAGUGUUAUUUAUUGAUGUCAUGUUCCUCAUACAAAAUGGAAAGAUUAGUAAACUAAACCUCGUGUAAGGAUUGUAUUUAAUUGGUUUUUACCACUGAAACAUGAUAAGGGACGAAUCAUUAUUUUUUAGAGAGGGGUGGGCAACUUAUUGAGGCAUGAAAUUUUUGUCUCACCUUUAGGUUGUGCACGAUUUUGUGGUGGGCAAUAGCUUGUGCAAGAAUUUCUUUUCACAUCAAAAAUAGGACCUCGACAGUGGAAAGCACUUGCUCGAUAUUUGGCCCAUGGCUCCCCUUGCACGACUAU